AUGACUGACUCCAUAUCAUCCAACCGCUCCGCCUUCAAGGAGUUCAUCGCAUCCAUCUCCACCAUCUCAGGCGAUUUGAGCAACAUAACAGCGCCACCAUUCCUGCUCGCCCAAAACUCCACUGUCGAACUGCCCCAAUACUGGGCAGAUCAUCCACAGCUCUUCGUCGCACCAACGUUUGAGCAAGAUCCCGCUCAGAGGGCUCUGCUCGUGCUGAAAUGGUUCCUCGGAUCGCUGCGCAACCAGCAAUACGCAGGCCGGUCCGAAGACGAGGGCGUCAAGAAGCCCUUGAACGCAUUCCUAGGCGAGCUCCUCCUCGGAUCUUUCAAAGACAACGAUAUCGGCGAGACGCGCCUGUUGAGCGAGCAAGUCAGCCACCACCCCCCAGUAACCGCAUGCUAUCUCUGGAACGACCAGUGCGGAAUCCGCGCCGAAGGCUUCACGUGUCAAGAAAUCACAUUCUCGGGCAGUGUGAGCAUCAAGCAGAAGGGCUUUGCAGUGCUGCAUAUCGAUAAGUUCGACGAGAAUUAUCUGGUUCCGCUGCCAGAUGUUAAGGUCAAGGGCGUGCUCAGCGGCACACCGUAUCCGGAACUCACAGGCACAGUCCAUCUCGUGAGCUCAACCGGGUAUGUCGCCGAGAUCAGCUUCGAGGGCAAGGGCUUCCUGCGCGGCUCGAAGAACAGUGUUGAUGCCAGGCUAUUCAAGGUGGAUAUGCCUGAAGACCCGCUAUAUCAUGUACACGGGCAGUGGACCAGCGAUCUGACAAUCCACGACGUAAAAGCCAACAAAGACGUGGAAACAUACAACGUCACCGCGGAAAACUCUGCGAAGAUGAGCCUAGCGCCGCUCUCCGAACAAGAUCCCUGGGAGUCGCGACGCGCGUGGGAGGGCGUCAUCGCGUCCCUGCAGAAGGGCAACAUGCAGGGCGUCAGCGAUGCGAAGUCGAAGGUCGAGCAAGGGCAGCGACAAAUGCGCGAGGACGAGAAGGGCAGCGGACGCGAAUGGACGCCUGUGUUCUUCACCCGGGCAGAUAAUGUGCCUGUCUUUGACCAGUUGCAGACGGUCUGGGAUACAAAGACGCCGAUUGAGCCAAAGGGCGGGAUGUGGAGGAUCGACAAGGAGAAAGUAGAGAGUGCGAAAAGGCCUUUCCACGGAGAUAUGACGCCAGGCAAUCAAAGGCGUGGGAGGAGUGGGGAUACCGUGAAUGGAUCUCAAAAGAGUAGUAGCACAGCUGCACCAGGUGAAGCGGCCCAGCAAAAGCAAACCAAGGCCUCUCCAGCACUCAAUCGUUCAUCUGAUAAAGAAGACUCGAAAGCACCACCCACGAACCGCGAACUAGACACAAAACAAGUCGAGACCUUUCUGCGCAAUAAGUACAGCUCCGUCAGGUAG